AUAAGCUUUAGAAAGGGAUCGACCCCUUGAGAAGAGCAGGUUUCUCGUCUGGAAACACAAAGAGAGUGUUGUCACGGAUCGACGAUUCAAACGAGUUUCAACGGAAAAGUGAGAAUCUCUUCGCUGGGAAGAAUAUUUCUAGUGAUCUACCAACCGAACGACGCGUAUAAAAAUGAGUGAAUCUUUGAGUUAACCUAGCGAUAGAAUCGAGAAGAAAUAAAACGUGUAAAAGAAAUUAUUUCGAAUCGAUAGAAAGGUGCAAUGUGCAAGGUGCCAUAUUCUUCAUGGGGAAAACGCUACUAGACAGCUGAUCGUACGCGAGCGGAGAAAAAUCAAAUGCAUCGAAGCGUCUCUCGUGGUGAUCGCAAGAGCCGAUCGGUUCGUGACCGAGAAGCUUUUAUUCGAACGAGUUAGUUAAAAUUCAAUACGCGAUCUCCUAUUAUUUCUCGACGAUCGAAGAGAGGAAAGGUAUCCUCGUGUAUAUACACUUGUCGCAUCCUCGUUCUACGUUAUCGACGGAGUACGUGAGAGAUAUACGGUAACACGUUGGUCGGCGAGAUACACUUGUUCGAAAAUAAAAGGAAAAGGCUUCCUCCUUCUGUAUACCUUCCUCUCGAGAAAUUUUCAAGGAUAACCGGUAUCGUAUUCUGUAACGGAUGAUGUAAGUCCGCACCUUUUGUCUUUCUUCGCUGGCCGUUAGAAAUCUGAACGCGUCUUCUUCUUCUUCUUCAUCCUCGUCGUUGUCGUCGUCGUCGUCGUCGUCGUCACCGUCGUGGCCGUGUUCGUCGUGUUGUGCGUGCAUGCGGCGUGAAUGCGCGCGCGCGCGCACGUGCGUUGCGUACAUACGUGUGUUCGUGGUGACCGAACGCCGUGGGUGAGCUCGUCGUACACCCACUUACACAGGUGGCUUCCUUUUUCAUUCACGCCGCGCGGCUUCGUGCAAAGACGGCAGUAUAGAAAAGACCUCUUGGAAGGAUUUCCUCCUUGCUUACAGCAGUGCGUGCCACGAUGACGCCAACAACGUUACUACUAUUUUCGUCCUCGACGAAUUCGAUCGUCGUUCUUCUCUUUCUCGUCGCCCUCGCAAACGCCAAUUACACGGACAUUAAUUUACCGGCGAGUCAUAUGAGAUACUACUUUCAUUCUUUUCCCACGGUGGCCGAAAAGUGCCGAAACGAUACGUCCUGUCCGUAUAAGGACAGUUUUAAUGCCAAAGCGUGCUGGGGUUACGAGACCGAAUGUAAGGAAGAAAAUUCCUUUUCCGUUCCUCAUUGUCCGGGUGAUCACAAAGGAUGGGUAGCAACGAAAAAGGCGCAAUUAGACACGUUUUAUGCACAAGGAGAUUUUGGCUACGUGCGAGAUCAAAGAAGGGAAAUGAUCGUGAUGUGCGAGCCUCUUUUUGCCGACGACUCGUCGUUGGAGUGCUCCGAACAUAUGAGAUUCUGCAGAGCUAGAAACGUUCUAUUAAAUUUCACGGAUCUUCUGUACAGAAAGGAACCUAUAAGAUACAAAAUGGAUGUUUUGAAGGAAGGCCAAAUCGGUGGUUAUUGCACGCUGAACGAAAAGAAGCUGCGAGAACACGCGGAUCACAUCAGCCCGCUGCAAUCCUGGGGACCGGAGUUACGAAAUUUUCGUAGGUUUCAUCGACGUCCGAUCGUCGAAGGCGAUUGCGAUAUCGUUAUAGAAAAACCUACGUACAUAAUGAAAAUAGAUGCCAUAGUAAACAUGUAUCAUCAUUUUUGCGACUUCUUCAAUCUGUACGCGUCGUUGCACGUCAAUCUUUCGCAUCCAACCGCUUUUAGUACGGACAAUCAUAUAAUGAUCUGGGAAAGCUACAGUUAUCGAUCGGCCUUUCAAGAUACCUUCGAAGCUUUCACGAGCAAUCCACUGUGGGAUCUUAAAACGUUUCGCGGUGAAACAGUUUGCUUCCGCAAUCUCGUAUUUCCAUUACUACCACGAAUGAUAUUUGGACUUUAUUACAACACGCCUCUCAUUUAUGGCUGCGAGAAGAGUGGCUUGUUUAAAGCUUUCGGAGAUCACGUGUUACACAGACUCAAAAUACCUCUACUCGAAAGGAAAAAUGAGAAAAUACGUGUAACCUUGCUCAGCAGAGACACCCAAUACAGAAAAAUUUUAAACGAGGAAGAAUUAGUACGAGCUUUGAAAAAAAAUAAAGAAUACGAAGUUCGAAAAGUAGUUUAUAACAAGAAAGUAUCUUUCAAAAAACAACUUCAAAUCACAAGAAAUACCGAUAUAUUCAUCGGUAUACACGGAGCGGGCCUUACUCAUCUUUUGUUUCUACCUGACUGGGCUGCUGUUUUUGAGAUAUACAAUUGCGAGGAUCCCAGUUGUUACAAAGAUCUUGCGAGAUUACGAGGUAUUAAAUAUUUUACGUGGGAAGACAAUUCGAAAUUAAUUCAACAAGAUCCUGGUACACAUCCCGACGGUGGAGCUCAUGCCAAAUUUACGAAUUAUCAUUUUGAGGUUAAAGAAUUCCUACGCAUUGUUUCUUUAGCUAGUACUCACGUGAAACAUCAUAACGCUUUCAAAGAUUUCUUAAGCAACAAUAUGCUUCAAAAAACGAAAAAGAAAGAUAGUAGAAUACUCGUUGAAACGUCAACGGAGGAGAAUGCGUCUAAAGUACAACAUAAGCGUGACACUCGAUCCAAGGACGAAUUAUGACGAAUUUAGGAAGAUCGAUUUCCUAAUAAAAAAUACUAAACAACGGGUAUAUCGUCGACGAACACUGUAAUUACAAAUACACAAAGGAAACGCUUCGUUACCAGUUAAACUAUUUUACUUAUUUUUAUACCAAUGUACAUACAUAUUUGUUUUGAUAAAAAAGAAAUAAAUAUGAGACGUCUCUCGAUA